UCAGACCCAGAUUUCCCCCCCCCUCCCUCCCCAUCCCACCGCGUGUGGCGGGGGGCACCUGUCUAUGUUCUAAGGGUUAAGCGCUCCCCGGUUAACCCCGGCCCCCCCCCCACCACCACCGGAGGGGAGGGGGCGGGGAGUUAACCCCCGUCUUGUUUACCACUGAGGGUUAAGCGCUCCCCGGUUAACCCCGGCCCCCCCCCACCACCACCGGAGGGGAGAGGGCGGGGAGUUAACUCCCGUCUUGAUUACCACUAAGGGUUAAACGCUCCCCGGUUAACCCCGGCGCCCCCCACCACCGGAGGGGAGGGGGCGGGGAGUUAACUCCCGUCUUGUUUACCACUGAGGGUUAAACACUCCCCCGUUAACCCCGGCCCCCCCACCACCACCGGAGGGGAGAGGGCGGGGUUCACCCCCGUCUUAAUUACCGCUAAGGGUUAAACGCUCCCCGGUUAACCCCGGCGCCCCCCACCACCGGAGGGGAGGGGGCGGGGAGUUAACUCCCGUCUUGUUUACCACUGAGAGUUAAACACUCCCCCGUUAACCCCGGCCCCCCCACCACCACCGGAGGGGAGAGGGCGGGGUUCACCCCCGUCUUAAUUACCGCUAAGGGUUAAACGCUCCCCGGUUAACCCCGGCGCCCCCCACCACCGGAGGGGAGGGGGCGGGGAGUUAACCCCCGUCUUGUUUACCACUGAGGGUUAAACGCUCCCCGGUUAACCCCGGCCCCCCCACCACCACCGGAGGGGAGAGGGCGGGGAGUUAACCUCCCGUCUUGAUUACCGGUUCCCAGCUGGAGUUUAACCCUGACGGUCGAAUCGACGCGAGGUUUCUCUUGUGUUGUGUUUUUUUUAAUCACUAUUGAGAGCUUAAUUUUUUUUAAAAAAAAGCAAUGUGCAAUUGUUGUCCUCGACUCAUCUGCGAAGUAUGGGUUUAGUUUAAGGCGUAGCCCGGGGGAGGGGGGGGUCAGGUAAAAGAAGUUCUAAUAACCUGUUUUAAGAUACGUGGAGUGAAACUUCAUUCCCGCGCGGGCAAAACUUUUGUGAGAGUUUACAAAAAGAACAACGGGGAGGAGUUGGGUCAUUGGUGGUGGGUGGUAGUGGUUUGUGAAAUGUCUUCUGUUAGUAGGGGAUGAGGGGGAAGUGCACCCCCCGGGAGGAGUGGAGGGGGGGAAACAGAGGGAAGAGGUCAGGUGGAAUCCGACCAGCGUUAAGAUGGUUGAAUUUGCGGGACGCGGUCUGUUUGAUCUGUGCAAGGGAGAACUCGAGGACAAGAGGACACUGGCUGCCCGGGUAGGCCCCGUUGCCUCUGCCUGUUCCCGGCCCUGCCGCACAGUCCUGUCCUCGGACCUUGACACACCCGCCCCCACCAUCCUUUGGUUCACAGACGGUCCCUUCCCAAAUGUACCCUGACUCCCCCCCCCCCCCCCGCCGUUUUCAGCCCCUGUCCCCCGUCAAGAUGGCUUUGAAACUCCCAGCUUCUUCCUCAAUGUGAGAGCCUCCCAGUUCCCCCCCCCCACCACCACCCUCAUCCAUCUGGGGGGGGUAGGGCUCGUCGUCACCCUCAACAAUUCCUCCCUCAGCUCCUCACACCUUCUCCAGACCUGAGAUGUAACCACACGCCCUCUCCCCCAUGGGCCCCAGCUACUCCUCCCUCCUCACUGGCGAGGUGGAACGGUCCCGGUUCCAAACCCUCCCCAACUCCUCCUCCGCCACCUCGACCUCCAUGUUGCUAACGCCAGGAAAUCUGCAGAUGCUGGGAAUUCAGGCAACACACACACACGAAAUAAUGGUGGAACGCAGCAGGCCGGGCAGCGUCUAUAGGGAGAAGAACUGUCCAGACGAGGAAAUCUGCAGAUGCUGGGAAUUCAGGCAACAACACACACAAAAUGCCAAUGGAACACAGCAGGCCGGGCAGCGUCUACAGGGAGAAGAACUGUCCAGACGAGGAAAUCUGCAGAUGCUGGAAAUUCAAGCAACAACACACACAAAAUGCUGGUGGAACACAGCAGGCCAGGCAGCAUCUAUAGGGAGAAGCACUGUCGACGUUUCAGGCCGAGAACCUUCGUCAGGACUAACCGAAAGGAAAGAUAGAAAGGAUUCCAAAAGAGGAAAUCAACGAGGAACAGCACAGGUCUUAAUACCGGGGCAAGAGAGAGUAGACACGUGCAGCGUUCUAGGGUCGAGUGAGGAGCCGACAAGAUGGAAUCUGCUGCGGACCGGCUGCGCCGGAGGUCGCUUCGUGACACCUCGGGUUGCUCCUUAUCGACCGCAGCCCGGCGUUCGAUACCACCGCCCCCCCCCCCCCCCCCCGCACCCCAGAGCUCCUCGGGCAAGAGCUGGGAAGCUUUCACUUCUGAAGGACUGUGGAUCUCACUGGGGAACUUGGGUGCUUUUCCUGGGUUCACCCCUUCCCCCCCCACCGGCCCUGAAGGCCGUUCGCACGUCGUCGUCAGAGACUGAAAUCGCAGGGUCGUUUGGGUGGGGGUGAGGGUGGGGAGCCCGUGAUGGCUGCCCCGUGUUUUUUUUGACGGUCAGGGCGGGCUCGGAAGGCAUGGGGCCCGUCUGGAAGCCAGGCCCUACUGUCCAACGUGGCCCGUCAGCCUCAUCUGAGAUGACGUCCUUCGCUGAUUGGAGUUCAGUCCGGAAUUGCCACUCACUUUGCCCGUGGGAGGGCUUUCGGGGACCCUCCUGCGACCUCCUUGGUCACCAGACUCGGAGGAGGCAGAGGCAUCUAUGUGGUUGGGCGAGGGUGAGGUAUUGCAGAUCGGCGGGGGGGGGGGGGGUGUGUUUGUGGGCAACGGGAGACAGCGUUCGGAGUUCGAUGCCGGUGCCGGAAGUCGAGGGUCUCGCACCUUCUCCCUGUCGCCGUGGGCUUCCUCUGGCUUUUUCCUUCCCCACUCGCCCCCCCCCCCCCCAAACACCGUCCAAAGGCCUACAGGCUGGCAGGUGAAUUGGCCUUUGUAAGUUGCCCCGUGAUUAGUCCCGGGUUAAGUCGGUGGGUCGCUGGGCAGAGUCGGGCCUGUUCUGGGCCGGAUCCCUGACCAAAUAACUCAGUCGCUGACGGUGAAGGAAAGCCUGAGGCCUUGGCGGCGAGCCAGAGGGAUCCGAGGGUGAAUCCCUCCACCUCCGCUCCACCGGCCAACUCAUCGGGAAACGUACCCCCCCCCCCCCCCCCCACCACCUCGGCUCCUGAUUUCUUGCAGCGACCGCCCGCCAAAUCGAAACCAGCUGGCGCCAUAGAACGAGUAUCUGACUCGGGCCUCGAGACCGUUUGGUGUCGCGCCCUGCGCGCGAGUGUGAAGGCAAAACGAAAUGAUUGUUGCAUCCGAUGCAGCGCAGAGAAAUAAAAACACCACAUGAGUGAUAAAAGCUUUUCGGUACCGGCGACCCGGGUUUGAUUCCUGGCGCUGACUGUAAGGAGCUUGUACGUCAUCUCCCCCCCGCGGCCGCCCGGGUUUCCUCCGGACGCUCCGGUUUCCUCUCCUGCACUCCGACGACAUACCAGUCAGUAGAUAGAUUGGUCACUGUAAAUCGCCCUGUGGUUAGGCAGGGGUUAAAUCGGGGGUUGCUAGGCAACGAGGCCCACCAGGUUGGAAGGGCCUACUUCGGGCUGUGUCUCGAUCAAUCAAUGCAACAACACAACAAAUAAGAAUACAUAAGCUAGCUCACACACACAGAUUGGCUGUCUGUCCAUAAAGUGACUCUGGGCUCGGGAGUGUCUGUACAGAGGGUGACUCUGACAGGAAAUGAUAAAGUAGUGGUGAUUGGGGGUGUG